GUCAUCGUGAUUUCGUAAUUUUUAAAAUAAUUUGAAUAACGGUGUAAUUAACGCGUGUUUUUAGUUAGAUUUUUGUUGGUAUUGUUUUUACUUGAGAUGAGUUUCCAAACGAAAUUCCCACCGUUGAAGAACGACUUGUUAAUAAGAGCUGCAUGGGGUGAAACAUUGGAUAAACUGCCGAUUUGGAUUAUGAGGCAAGCGGGGCGAUAUUUACCAGAAUUCCAAGAGUUCAGAAAGAAACAUACAUUUUUCGAAAUAUGCCAGAACCCCGAAUUGGCCUGCGAAGUCACUUUGAUGCCUAUAAGGCGCUUUGAAUUGGACGCCGCCAUAAUUUUUAGUGAUAUUUUAGUCAUUCCACAAGCACUAGGCAUGAUCGUCGAAAUGAGGCCUGGAGUUGGUCCUGUACUUCCAGAACCUUUGACUUUGGAAAAUUUCGAUAAAUUAACGCCUGAAGGGGCUGUACAAAGACUGCAAUAUGUUGGCGAUGCCAUUACCCUGUCCAGAAUGAGGCUGGAAGGCAAAGUUCCUUUAUUUGGUUUUACUGGAGCACCUUGGACUUUAAUGGGUUACAUGGUUGAGGGUGGGGGCUCAAAAACAAUGAGCAAAGCAAAAAAAUGGCUCUAUGGGCAUCCCGAACUGUCGCACAAGUUAUUAAGCAUGUUGACAGAUGUAAUUAUCGAUUAUCUGGUAAUGCAGAUACGCAGUGGCGCGCAAAUUGUGCAAGUCUUCGAUAGCAGUGCUGAAUAUUUAAAUAAGGAUCUGUAUCACGAGUUCGGGUUGCCUUACCUGGAAAGAAUUUUGAAACAAGUCCGUGAUGAAGUAACUAAAUCGAAGUUGGAACAAGUUCCUAUGGUUCUUUUUGCAAAAGGCGCUCAUUUCUGCUUCCCAGAAAUAGUCAACUUGGGCUACAAUGUGGUAGGAGCCGAUUGGACAAUGGAUCCAGAUGUUGUGAACUCAAUUGUUGAAAACAAAAACGUCACAAUCCAAGGCAACUUGGAUCCCUGUGCCUUGUACGCCCCCAAAGAAGAACUGACCAAGAAAAUCAAAAAUAUGCUCAAUAAAUUCGCGGGCAAGCGCUACAUUGUCAAUUUGGGUCAUGGAAUUUAUCCUGAUGCGCCAAUCGAGUCUGUACAAACAUUUAUCGAUGUUGUGCACAAUACCAAGGUUCAUAAGUAACUAAGUACUGAUUUUUUAUCUGUUAUUGUUGUUUUACGUUAUACUUGUUAAUUUUAUAUUUUCAUAAUUAACGAAAUAUUAAAACUGUUUACGUAAUUAA